AUGCAAUCAAACAAGAAACUUAAUGCUCAACAGAAAGCAUUUUUGACAGAGAAUGUGAGCUCAAUCAUUCAACAAAACACUCAACCUAAAUUCAAAGAUCCUGGUUGUCCAACAAUUUCUUGUGUGAUUGGGAAUAACAGGAUAGAGCGUGCUUUGCUUGAUCUUGGUGCUAGUGUUAAUCUAUUACCUUUUUCUGUGUAUGAGCAACUUGGUUUGGGAGAGCUUAAGCCAACAACAACAACACUUCAACUUGCUGAUCGUUCAGUAAAAGUUCCAAGAGGGGUUGUAGAGGAUGUUCUAGUUCAAAUUGAUAAAUUCUAUUUUCCUGUUGAUUUUAUAGUUUUGGACACACAUCCUGUUUUAAAUUCAAAUGCACAAAUACCUGUCAUUUUAGGACGUCCCUUUCUUGCUACUUCAAAUGCGUUGAUAAAUUGUAGAAAUGGUAUCUUGAAACUCUCUUUUGGAAAUAUGACCGUGGAAAUGAAUAUUUUUAACAUUUGCAAGCAACAUGGAGAUGAAGAUGAUUUGCAUGAAGUAGAUCUUAUUGAACAACUUGUUGAUGAUCAAUUUAUCGCUACAUCUUCAUAUGAUGCGCUUGAAUUUGAAUUCAAUGAUAAUUUUAAAAAUUCGCAUAUGAUUUCAAGUGUUCAAGAACCAAAGCUCGAUUUGAAACCAUUUUUUGAGAAUUUCUCUAGAUUUGAAGAGCCCGUUGCUAUACAUGAUUCUAAAGAUUGA